CGGGGCGGCUGACGCGGCCGCGCUCCUUCCUCUUCCUCCCGGCCGGCCCCGCCUCCGCCGCCUCCGCCCGGCGCCGCCGCCAGCGCCGUCAUGUCGGGCCGCGCCGGGGCCCGGAUCCCGCCGCCCGGAGCCUGCGGAGCCGCCGCCGCCCCCGCGGGCCGGGCCCCCGCGCCGCAGCCCAACGGCGCGCAGUACGGUGACUAUGUUAGUAACCGAGCUAGCUCCGCAGCGACGCCCUUGUCAUCCACGUCCGAUGACGAUGACGAGGAGGAGGAGGAUGAGGAAGCAGGUGUGCCCAGCUCGUCCACCACCAGCAGUGCGUCCCCCGUGCCCAACAGUUACGACGCCCUGGAAGGGGGCAGCUACCCAGACAUGCUCUCAUCGUCAGCGAGCAGCCCAGCGCCCGACCCGGCCCCUGACCCUGACCCUGUGCCUGACGCGGCCCCCCUGACUGCCCAGCCUUCCAAAGCAGCCAAACCUUUCGGGUACGUGUACCCAACGCUCCAGCCUGGCUACCAGAAUGCGGCAGCACCCGUAUACCCAGGAACACGGCCCAGCAGCCCUGCGUACCCCAGCUUCCAGUAUGCACAGCAAUACCCUGGCAUGGCUCCGCUCUCCUCCAGCCUGGGCGGGCUGAGUCUCCAGAGCUCUCCACAGCCUGAAAGCCUGAGGCCCAUCAACCUCACUCAGGAGAGGGACAUCCUGCCCCCGACGCCUCCCUGGCCCCCUGUGCCUAACUUGAACUUAGAGUUGAAAAAACUAAACUGUAGCCCAGAUUCGUUCCGGUGCACAUUGACAAGCAUUCCACAGACGCAGGCAUUACUGAAUAAAGCCAAGCUCCCCUUGGGGCUGCUGUUACACCCCUUCAGAGACUUGACGCAACUGCCCGUGAUCACGUCCAACACCAUCGUGCGGUGCCGGUCCUGCCGGACCUACAUCAACCCCUUCGUGUCCUUCAUCGACCAGCGCCGAUGGAAAUGCAACCUGUGCUACAGAGUCAACGACGUUCCCGAAGAAUUUAUGUAUAACCCUCUCACCCGGUCUUACGGAGAGCCUCAUAAGCGGCCGGAAGUCCAGAACGCAACGGUGGAGUUCAUUGCUUCCUCAGACUACAUGCUCCGUCCCCCGCAGCCUGCCGUGUACCUGUUCGUCCUAGAUGUGUCGCACAACGCCGUGGAGGCCGGGUACCUGGCGGUUUUAUGCCAGUCACUCUUAGAGAACCUGGACAAGCUUCCUGGAGAUUCACGAACAAGAAUAGGAUUCAUGACAUUUGAUAGCACAAUUCAUUUCUACAAUCUACAAGAAGGCUUAUCACAGCCUCAGAUGUUGAUAGUAUCGGAUAUAGAGGAUGUUUUUCUGCCUACACCGGAUAGCUUGCUUGUGAAUCUCUGCGAAAGUAAAGAGCUGAUCAGAGACUUGCUAACCGUGCUGCCGGGCAUGUUCACCCAGACGCGGGAGACGCACAGCGCUCUGGGGCCUGCGCUGCAGGCAGCCUGUAAGCUGAUGGCGGCCACUGGCGGCCGCGUGUCUGUGUUCCAGACGCAGCUUCCCUCUCUGGGCGCUGGCCUGCUGCAGUCCCGGGAGGACCCAAACCAGCGGUCCAGCACCAAGGUUGUGCAACAUCUUGGCCCUGCGACUGACUUUUAUAAGAAACUCGCUUUAGAUUGCUCGGGGCAGCAGACUGCGGUGGACCUGUUCCUUUUGAGUUCACAGUAUUCUGAUCUCGCGUCUCUAGCCUGUAUAUCCAAGUACUCUGCAGGGUGCAUCUACUAUUAUCCAUCUUUCCACUGUACUCACAAUGCUCCACAAGCAGAGAAGCUGCAGAAGGACCUCAAACGAUACCUCACGAGGAAAAUCGGAUUUGAAGCUGUGAUGAGAAUCAGGUGCACGAAAGGUCUUUCCAUGCACACUUUCCACGGGAACUUCUUUGUCCGCUCCACCGACUUGCUGUCCCUCGCCAACAUCAACCCGGAUGCCGGAUUCGCCGUCCAGCUGUCCAUCGAGGAGAGCCUGGCGGACACCUCCUUGGCGUGCUUUCAGACCGCGCUGCUAUACACGUCAAGCAGAGGAGAGCGAAGGAUACGCGUGCACACGCUCUGCCUGCCGGUGGUGAGCUCGCUGUCCGAUGUGUACGCCGGCGUGGAUGUGCAAGCGGCCAUCUGCCUGCUGGCAAAUAUGGCUGUGGACCGGUCCGUGUCGUCGAGCCUGUCAGAUGCCCGGGACGCCUUAGUGAACGCUGUGGUGGAUUCGCUGUCGGCCUAUGGCACCUCGGCUGCGCACCUGCAGCGCUCUGCCCUCAUGGCGCCCAACUCCCUCAAGCUCUUCCCCCUCUACGUCCUGGCCCUCCUCAAGCAGAAAGCCUUUCGAACGGGCACGAGCACACGUCUGGAUGACCGGGUGUACGCCAUGUGCCAGAUCAAGUGUCAGCCCCUCACCCACCUCAUGAAGAUGAUCCACCCCAACCUGUAUCGCAUCGACAGGCUCACGGACGAGGGCGCAGUGCACGUCAAUGACAGGGUGGUACCGCAGCCGCCCCUCCAGAAACUGUCUGCAGAGCGACUGACGCGAGAAGGGGCUUUCCUCAUGGACUGUGGCUCCGUCUUCUACAUUUGGAUUGGAAAAGGCUGCAACAGUAACUUCAUAGAGGACGUGCUUGGCUAUCCCGAUUUUGCGUCAAUACCACAGAAAAUGACACACCUCCCCGAGCUGGACACGCUGCCAUCGGAGCGGGCCCGGUCCUUUAUCACUUGGCUGAGAGAAAACAGACCCCUGAGCCCGAUUCUGCACGUGGUAAAAGAUGAGAGCCCUGCCAAAACAGAAAUAUUUCAACACCUGAUUGAAGACCGGACCGAAGCCGCCUUCUCUUACUACGAGUUCCUGCUCCAUGUCCAGCGGCAGAUCUGUAAGUGAAGUGGAAAGCGGUAGAUGACGAAGAGCAGGGCCACAGCCCUGUGAGAGAAGCAAACCCCCCAGAAACGGGAAAGGAAGGCCUUGGUUUGGAGACGCCGUGCUGCCCAUGGCCACUCGGGGAAGCAUCGCUGUCUGUCUGUCUGUCUGUCUGUCUGUCUGUCUGUCGGCCUAUCGAAGACUCUGUUGAGAGGAGAGGAGGAAGACGGCAGCGGGAGGCCUGUUGGCCCCAGGAUGCUGCGUUCUUCCCAUCUUAGCCCGUGGCUCUCCCUGUCCCGGCUGUGCGGCCACACAGGGCCCCUGGCGGCAGCACACGACACCUAGUGCUGUGUCCA